AUGGACAAUUCGGGUUCCGGACGUCGGCGGUUAGGUACAGUUGCAGGUGGAGGCUCGUGGCUUCUGAGCUUGAAGGGCCGGACUCAAGCCACACCUUCCCCGCCGACACCCGAGCUGUCCAGUGCGGAUGCAACCAGAAAGGUGCAGGCGCGAGCCAACCGGACGCCUGAGCAAGUGGCGGCGGAUCGAGCAGCAGCUGCAGCGCGAUGGGCAGAUGCGCGAGCCAACCGGACACCUGAGCAGGUGGCGGCAGACCGAGCAGCAGCUACUGCUCGGUGGGCACGGUGGUCGGAAGCACGAGCCAACCGAACGCCUGAGCAAGUGGCUACGCAUCGAGCAGCACAUGCAGCUCGGGUAGCAGAGGUGCGAGCCAACCGAACGCCUGAGCAAGUGGCGGCAGACCAAACAGCGGACGCAGCUCGAAAGCAUCAAACCCGUGUGAUUCAGCAGUCAUCAGAGGAGCACACACCACAACACACCCGCCGCAGCAGGGGUAGCCUUGUGGAGGCAGUUUUGGAUGCUGCCUUCUGGGUGUUCAGGCGGCCGACAAACCCCACCAAGCCUCGUAUGGGUGCCUGGUUAGACAGCAGUACAGCUUCAUGGCCGGAACGUGUGCAAGAUGUUCCUGCGGGUCAGCCUCUGCCCACUGUUCCUCUAGCGGAACAGAUUCGAGUCGCCGAACAGCUUGAUGCCGCUGUCAAAAACAACAUGCCAUCCUGUGUCUGCGCCUGCUGCAGCGAGAUGAAGUCCGCGGUACAGGCACACGGCUACCGGUUUGGUGACAUCCCCAACGUGCACCAGUUGCGUGCAGAUGUUUGGAGGACGCUGGCAGUGGCGCGUCCAGCUCAAGUCGUCGCAUGGCUACCAGUGGCAGCCGCACCAGGGGGCAGAGCACCACCACCGCCCGAGCCAGCUUUGCCGUGGGGCUUCCGAAAGACGUGGCUCAAUGGGCAUUCUACGGAGAAGACGGGGCUCACCAAGCGUCCUGGUACGACAGAGGACUUUGGUGGUUCAGAUGACCAAGAGCACCGCCAACCCACCCAGCAGCGCAGUUCGUUGCAACAGGCGCGGGACCAUUUGGGCAACACUGGAGCAUACGGCUUCCCGGAAGACUUUCCACCGCAUGAGGCGGGCCCAUCUAGUCUGCCACGGCGACGUCGGCGUGAGACGGAUGGUGUUGACGACGAGCAGGAAGUGGAUGUGACACGGCCACAAGACGCGGACGGCCAGCAUGAGGAAUGGAUGCUCCCUUCGUGGCCGCCACGACCUGGCAUGGAGCCACGGCCGGAUCCCAUUGCUCCGGGUGUGUGGCUAGUGCCGUACUGCAUGUGUGUGGAGCGCUCUGGGGAGAAUUGUACGGUGCACACCAACGAGGCUGGCGACGACAUCAUCAUGAUGUGCAACGACUGCAUUCAUGCCUUGGAACGUGGACGCAUCCCGGAGGCUGCUCUCGCACGCUAUGAUGGUGGAGACGUGCCCGAAAUCAAUCAGGACGGGCAGCGUCUAGAGUGGCCUACCGUGCUGGAAGCCAACAUACUGGGGCUGGGCCAUGUGCAGCAGCAGAUCUACACACUCAAGGUCAAGAACCGGCCGCCUGACUUACAGCCCAUCGCCGUCACAAUGCACGGGAUAGCCGUGGUGAACCCAUCUCUUGAUCAGUGGGUGGAUGCCAUCCCACGCUCUGCUGCAUUGUUGCCGGAGAACAUCACCGUCCUGUGCAUGGAUGUUGUCAGCAGCAAGGAGGAACUGCUAGAAAAGCUCAAGAGCGCCAAGGUGUUGUCCGUCCGAGCAGCUAAUAUUGUGGCCUGGGUCAACUACCUCAGCAACCUCACCUCCGAGAGGCAUAUCGAUGACCAAGCGAUGCAGGAGUGGCAGGCAAUGGACCCAGAACGUCAUGUGCCGCAGUCCAUCAUCCGCUCCACUGUUGCUCCGACAGAUCCCAACGUCGCCACGCUCCUCACCAACACCUUCUUCCAUGACUGCACGGGGGCCGCAGCCGUACACCAGCACCCGUCCGUCAUGCAGAACCCCAGACCGGAGGCUCUCGUUGCCGCCGUCGCUGCUGCCUCAUCUACUCAAGCGGACAACACACCGGAGGAUGUUGGUCUCGAGGAGCUUGAAGUUCUGGUGCCUGUUGUCCCUGACACACCUGUGCCGGGAUCAGGUGAUGAUGCACGAAACCCGGUGGAGCUACACCGUGAGCUGACAGCGGAGCGCCGGCUGGUCUUUGCGUCUGGGGGCCGUGGUUCUAAGAUCCUGGACUACUCCCGGGAAGACGUGCUUGCCAGCAACUUCCCCACCGCAUUUCCGUACGCUGAGGGCGGCCUCCGUCCCCUGGGUAUGAGCAACCGGACCUUCUUCCAGCAUGUGUCCAUGCGUGUGCCACGGCGACAGCUCAGUGGCAACCUCCUCAUGCUCGCCCGCAUGGUGGACGUGCUCAACAUGGAGGACGCAAAAGUGCAGACGUGGGUUACAGUGAAGAGCUGCCAGCAAGACAUUGACAUGGUGGGCGCCAUCCCGCGAGAGGCUGUCAAAGCCAUGGCGGACAUCCUGGCCUUGCCGAAGAUGCACCCGGAUCGCCGCCGCUUGCUCCAAGACACGUCACCUCUCGUGCACACCCUCGUCACCUCUCUUCGGCGAACGGUCGCACGCAUCGACAUGACAGAUGCCUAUUACCGCAACGCGCACGCCAAUCUACGUGGUGUAGCCGCCGCAACCGGGCUGCCACUCCUCAUGUUUAACGUCAACCCCGCCGACUUGCACAGUGCGGCUGCAGUCGUGGCCGCUGGGCAAUUUUUGGAAUUUGGCGAGGAUGGUGCUCCGUUGCGGGAGGAGUGUGUCAUGGACAAGUGGCGGCGGGUGCGAAACAACCCCUACGCCAGCCAAGCACUCCUCAACGCGGUUAAGCUCGCCUUCAUGGACAUCCUUUUUGGUUUCAAACCUGGCGACAAGCGGCAGAGCAACCCCGACUGCUUCUGUGGCACCGUGUUCCACAUCUGCAUUAAGGUGGAGCAGAGUGGACGCCUCGCCCUGCACUUGCACGGCAUGGCGCACCUGGCAGCAUUCACCGUGGACAAAAUGCGGGCCCUGUUUGAGGGGCCCAACUGCCGCGCUCUGGCGUUGGCACACGCCCUCUGCAGCAUGUGGCUGCCUGAGCUGUACUACGACAUUCAGGACAAAGAGCGACGAGUCUUCUGGCAGACACCCCUGGUCACGGCUGCACCCACCACACCAACGGCAGUUGCACCAACGCCCAUGGAAACAUCAAUGGCAGCAACGAAUUCUGGUGAUGACGACAUGACAGAUGCUACUGCAGAAGAGGAUGACGGCCUGACUCAAGCAGAACCUGGCAGCACCUCGGGCACAGAUGAAGACAUUGGCAAUGGUGACAAUGGCGUCCAGCCAGGCCCCACCGCAGCGUCCGCUGGCCGGCCCCCAGCCAUCCACGCGCCUCAGCCAGAUGGAUCCAUGCCGGCGCCCGUGUAUGACUUUGCUAUUGUCACCCAUGGCAAGCCGCAUGGGACCGGAGGUGAAGCCACUGAUACCUUUACACCCGAAGUGUGCUUGGAAUGCUGCACCCAGCACCUUGUGGCGGGUGUCGUGGGGUCCUGCACCCACAAACACACUGACACCUGCAAACGCUUCGGCUGUGCAGGCGUGGAUGGAGACUGCGGCAUGGCCUACCCACGCCACAUCCGGCGUGAGUUCAAGUGGUACACUGCAACAGUGGAGGAACAGCUUGUACUGCCGGUCCCCAUGCGUGACCCCAAGGUCCUGGAGGACAUCCUUGUGCAAGCAGAAGUUGUGGCCCGCCGAACCACGCACUAUGCCACCAAGUAUGUCACCAAGGCCACGUCGCAGAGCCAAGUCACACGGCUGAACCGCGCGAUCAUGAUCAGCCGCCACUUCCUUGACACUGCAGCUGCUGGUGGUGGAGAUCCCGCAGCCGCCCACGAGGACCGACGCAAGGGCAUCGGAAACCUUAUCUCCGCGGCGAACCGUACGACAGCCAGCCUGACCAUCGGAAUGGCCAUGGCAUCCUUCAAGUUGGCAGGGCACGAAACGUUCGAGUGCACGUACGAGAACACAUUCUUGAGCACAGGCCCGUUCAUGGCCAUUGUGCUCCGGGAUGACCAUGAUGACAUCAACAGCUUGGAAGCAGCAGCUGAAACCCUACUGGUUUUUCACAAUGACAAUCCGGAGCAGCCGGGUGCUGCUGUGACGGCUCUGACUCACUACCGCCAACGUGGCUCGGAACUGGAUGGAAUCGAGUGCAGCCCGUUCGUUCUCGCCAUGACCUACACCAUCACCAAGCUGCCGCCGGGCAGCCACCCGCACACCAAGUCUCUCACAACCCCCCGCCGCCCAAAACAAAGACGCCGCCAGUCGCCACGAGCUGCCUUCGUGGAUGACAACACAGAUGAGUCCUCCCAAGAUGACAUGGAGCAUGACGCCACUGCCCCGACCACCACAGCCGCCGCCCAGGUAGACACCCAGACGGGCCCAUCCGCCCGCAGUGCUAAUGGUGCUGCUACAGCAGCAUCUGCCUACACGCACACCUGCACCGGCGCCACGGAGCCUGUCGACUGGGUGGUGUUCCAACCCACCCACCCACUGUAUGCCACCCAUGCUCACCAUCGCUUGCCGCGUGUCAAGUACACAACACUGCUGGGGCCCAUUCCGCGACGGCCACCGCCCGAUGAUGAUGACAGCCCAUCAGCACGGCACUACUACGCCUUCGUUCUCUCCACCUUCAAGGCCUACCACACCACCCCCAUCCCACCAGGGAUGACCCUGCGCCAGGCAUACCUUGACUGGCGGGAUAACAUCCUGCCGCAGGCCGGACCAGACAUGGCUGGUUUCAUCAUGUCUGUCCUGGACAACCUGGAGGCGGAGCAUGAGUGCCGUGACUAUACACGAGAGGCAUACAACAAACUACGGCGGCAACACCGUGCCCGUGGCCUGCCUGUUGGCCCGGACUCGGGGAGCGACAGUUCUGACAGUGAGCAGGAUGAGGACGAGCCCCUACAUGUGCGCCGCCGAGACCCCGCCAAUAGUGACAAUGACGACGGCGACCACCACAUCCCGGCACUCAACCUCAAUGAUGCAGCAGACGACAGGCCGCCAGAGCUCAGCCAGUUCGACCUGCACGCCGCCGACGUUGCCACUUUGUUCCCCACUGCCUCCUCAGAAGACUCCUACGCUCACAAGGCGGCAGAUCGGUGCCGACCACCGCCCCUAGUGGACGGACAACACGCUGGUCAGCUAGGCUUCAUACGCCACGGCAGUGCAGACACAGUAGCAGCCAUCAAGCGUGCCACCAGGGCCCUGGAGAUGUUCGAGGCAGCUGGCGGCCAGCUGGGGGGCGCCGUCACAGACAGUAUGAACUUCGACCCUGGCCAGGACUCACAGCUGCAACUCCAGCUGCGACACCAGCAACACGCGGUGCUGGCUGUGGUGACCCAAGCAUCCGCUACAGAGGCGGGUGAACCGGACGAUGAGACCGUGUUACAACCUGGCUCCCUGCCCCCGUACCUGCCGCUCUGCGUGCCACCCACCAUCGAGGACACCAUCCAGCUCUUCACACUGUCCGUUGAACAGGCCGUGCCGUUCAUGCUCAUGGCACGCUACUUCAACACCCGCCAUUCACCCAACCAGCCGCAGCCCCCACGGCUCCUGAUCGUUGGCGGACCCGGCACAGGCAAAAGCCAGUUCGUGCACGCGCUGCUGUGGUACACCUAUCAGCACCAGCUGCCGCACUGGCUGGCCACCGCCGCCUUUGCCUGGACGGCCACGCUGCCCUUCACCACGCCCGUCCACAGGUCCCUAUCCACCCACUCCAUGUUCCAGCUCAUACCGCCCAACCGCUUCAAGGCCAACGCCACUGCCCAGGUGAAAGCCAAUGUCGGCACAGGGGCCAUCUGCAUCGACGAGAUUGGCUACAACAGCCUCGAGCACCUGGGCGCCUGCAACCACGCAUGCAACAAGUCCCUGGACGACACCAUCGGUGUUGCAACAGAUGAUGCCGCCCGCCAGGCGUUCAGGGGGCGUCCCUUCUGCCUCAUCGGCGACAUCUACCAGCACACACAGCCCAACGGCAAGCCGGUCUACAGCUGGGCGCGCUCCCUUCUGGACAACCCGCUCUUCACGCCGCCAGUAGCUGAGGCCGCUCUAGCCAUGGUCGCCCAGACAACAGGCGACACAGCUCCUCCAGUAUUGCAGAAAAAAACACCGCGCCCCAGGGCCAAGGCGCCUGCAACACAAGACCUCAUCCUCGCGGGCUUCACACUCUACCGUGCUAUGGCGGCCAUCAAGGCCAAGAAGCACCUCGUCGUCUGGAACGCCAUGCACGUACCUGUCAAGAGCCGGGAUGACCCUGAGCCCCCGCGCCUGUCUGAGCGGGACAAGCUGCAGGCCCUGCUGCAGACGGACGACAAGACUGACGGCCUCACACCUGACACCUGGUACUUCGAGGGUGCCAUGUUCCUGCUGUCGGACACCACCAGAGACAGUGGCGCCUCUGCUGGCGCCUGCCGCAACAACCUGGUGCAUGCAGUCGGCUUGAUCACUGACCCCCGUGAACCACCGGAUCAUGGCACAGGCCCCUUCUGGCGCCUCAAGUAUCUGCCCCAAGCUGUGCUGGUCACGCCUGCAAAAACCGUGGGCAGCGCCAACGUCUUCAAGGGGGAGGAACUCUUCGAAGAUGUGCAGCAUGCCUUCCCGGUCUGCCCACGCUCCACAAAGAACCCCCUCAACGUCCACACCCUCGAUGACCAAGGCAGGGAGACAGUCCUCAGGGUGCGACGUCGCAACGUCCCUCUCGGAGACGCCUAUGCUGUCACGGAUUUCUUCGUCCAGGGGUGCAGUUUCAAGGAUGACUGCUGGAUCGUCGACCUCUGCCCACCGCCAACUGGCAUCAAGCGUGCAUGCCUCUUUGUCAUCCUCACGCGCUACAAGUCCAUGGACCAUAUCCGCCUCCUGCACCCACUCUACAACAACGCCUAUGAGAAAGCACAGGUCAUCAAGGCGUUCACCAAAGCAGCCACCAUCCACCCGGACCUCGAUGCAGAAAGCAAACUCCAGACCGCUGCUGCACAACGUACCCGGGAACGACACACAGCACUCUUCCAGGAAGCACAGCGACUCGUCGACAGCCGAACCGCGAACCGCCCACCACCCGAACGACGCGAGGAUGACAGGUCGCAGGUUCAAAUCACGGGUCACACGCGAGUUGCACAUGAGGACGAUCGUAGUGUGAUGCGUAAGGCCCUAUCCUCCUCGCCAACGAUUGUGUCGACGGAAAAUUGUACACGAGCGAGACACAUUCCUUCCUGCCAUUCCGUCCAGGAUUUUUCCUCGUUCAGUCCAUCGCUCUUCUGGUCGAGACACCUGGUCAUGAGCUACUCGCUAUGGAGUCAAGGACGUGAUCCUGGCAACACAAGCCGGGCACAAACAAACGAACACGGAAAUUCUAUCUCCGCUGCCAAGCCAGAUCCUGCAAACGAUGUAAACAUGCACAACCGCCUCGACGACAACGACAACAACAAACGAACGCAUUCACCAUCGCCAGACAGGGCAAACAAGCACCAAGAGAUCACGGCUGAUGACCCGCCAGCCACGCCACUGUCUGCCAGCAGCGCCGGCGCAUCAACCACCACCACACCAAACACGCCCAGCACACUGCGGCCCGAUAUCAGCAUGGUGCUCGCCGCAACCGCGGGAUCAGAGGACCUGCCAAACAGGCUCCACCGUAUGAAGCGCUUGAAAAAGGGUACGCUGUACAAGGCUAUCUUUGGAUGGGAGCACAAGGGCUUCAACAACGACCUGCCACUCCCAGCCAGCCGCAUCAUCAUCAUUCUUAUCGAUGAUGAGCGCCUCAAGGACAUCCUCAACCGCUUCGACAACUACUUUGGACGGGCGUUGUCUUUCUACAAUGUCAUCCGCUUGGAUAACGACCGCACAUACGCGGACCUCCUCGACAACCUCGGCAGCACUGCUAAAGUCAUUUACAGCAUGGUCCCCACCACCCAAUGGAAACUUAUCGAUCCCCCCUACCUCCCCAUGGCCAGAAUUGUCCCAUCCACUGUCCGCCUCUUCACGCGUCCGGCAUCAUCAGUCGCGGCUCCAUAA